CGGGCGGCGAUGGCGGCCGUACGGGGCCUGCGAGUGUCGGUGAAGGCGGAGGUCCCGGCGGGGCCGGCCUUGGGGCCCCCGUCGCCUGAAGCAGAGUCAGGUUUGGACCGCGGCGAGCCGGAGCCCAUGGAGGUGGAGGAGGGCGAGCUGGAGGUCGUGCCGGUUCGGCGCUCGCUAAAGGAACUGAUCCCGGACACAAGCAGAAGAUAUGAAAACAAGGCUGGCAGCUUCAUCACUGGAAUCGAUGUCACCUCCAAGGAAGCAAUUGAAAAGAAAGAACAGCGAGCUAAGCGCUUCCAUUUUCGCUCAGAAGUAAAUCUUGCCCAAAGAAAUGUAGCCUUGGACCGAGACAUGAUGAAGAAAGCAUAUUUCUUUUUAAAAUACCUAUUAUCUGAACUGUUACAACGGGCUACUGGUGGAUUGUGCAACAGCAGGUGUCUUGUUUUUCUAGCAAUCCCCAAAGUGAGACUGGAGACAAUCUACAUUUGCGGCGUAGAUGAGAUGAGUACCCAGGAUGUCUUUUCCUAUUUUAAAGAAUAUCCUCCGGCCCACAUUGAGUGGUUGGAUGAUACCUCCUGUAAUGUGGUUUGGUUGGAUGAAAUGACAGCCACACGAGCCCUUAUCAAUAUGAGUUCCCUGCCAGCCCUGGAUAAGAUAAGAAGCAGGGAUGCCAAUGAGGACAAGUCGUCUGAGAAAAGUAAAAAAGACAAGCAGGAAGACAGUUCCGACGAUGAUGAGGCUGAAGAAGGAGAAGUUGAAGAUGAGAACGCAAGUGAUGUAGAGUUGGACACGUUGUCUCAGGUAGAAGAAGAAUCUCUGCUAAGAAAUGAUCUUCGUCCAGCGAACAAACUUGCUAAAGGAAAUAGGUUAUUCAUGAGAUUUGCUACAAAAGAUGACAAAAAGGAACUUGGAGCAGCAAGAAGAAGUCAGUAUUACAUGAAAUAUGGGAAUCCAAAUUACGGAGGCAUGAAAGGAAUUCUUAGUAAUUCUUGGAAGCGAAGAUACCAUUCCCGUCGUAUUCAGCGGGAUGUGAUCAAGAAGAGAGCCCUGAUUGGGGACGACGUUGGCUUGACAUCCUAUGAACACCGACAUUCCGGACUAGUGAAUGUUCCUGAGGAACCCAUCGAGGAGGAGGAAGAGGAGGAGGAGGAAGAGGCGGACCAGGACAUGGAUGCUGAUGACAGGGUGGUGGUGGAGUACCACGAGGAGCUCCCAGCCCUCAAGCAGACCCGGGAGCGGAGCACGUCUAGGCGGUCCAGUGCCAGCGGCUCAGGCUCGGAUGAAAUGGACUAUGAUCUCGAACUGAAAAUGAUUUCCACCCCUUCGCCAAAGAAGAGCAUGAAAAUGACGAUGUAUGCAGACGAAGUGGAAUCUCAGCUGAAAAAUAUCAGGAACUCCAUGAAGGCAGAUACUCUAUCUACAAGCAAUAUAAAAAACCGAAUUGGUAACAAAUUAACACCUGAGAAAUUUGCAGAUGUCCGACAUUUGUUAGAUGAAAAACGUCAACACACACGUCCACGGCCACCUGGCAGCAGUACUAAAACAGAUAUACGCCAGCGAUUAGGAAAAAGACCACAUUCUCCGGAAAAGGCUUUUAGUAGUAACCCAGUCGUUCGGAGAGAGCCCUUUUCUGAUGUACAUAGUAGGCUAGGUGUUCCCAGGCAAGAUGUUAAAGGCCUCUACUCUGAUACUCGGGAGAAGAAAUCAGGUAGUUUAUGGAAUCGCUUAGGAUCUGCACCCAAGACCAAAGAAAAGAACACGAAGAAAGCGGAUCACAGGGCGCCCGGCACAGAGGAAGAUGACUCCGAGCUGCAGAGGGCAUGGGGGGCUCUGAUUAAGGAGAAAGAACAGUCUCGCCAAAAGAAGAGCCGCUGUUACCAGCACCCUUUUUCCAAGAAAAGUCAAUUCCCAGGUGCUUAUUGGACAGCCUUCGAGGGGGAAGAUGAGGGAAGCUGCCAGCUCACCCUUCCAGGAUCCUAGUGUGGGGGCCGAAUCUCAUGGACCUGACCUCAGAGGUGCACCUGUGCCGCCCAGGUAGAUAAGAGCCGCAGCGUCGAUCGCCCUUCAUUCCUCCCUGGGGAUUUCUGUUAGGGGGCCUUGUUAGCAAUCAGCUUGCAGUGAAGAUCAAGUUCAGUGCUGUGGGAUUUUUAGGAACAAAAAACUGUGACUUUGGGGUGGAUUUUUGUGCUGGGGUGGGGUCAUGGGUUAAUGUUGAACAAUUUUUAAGUCUGUAUUAUGUUUAAAAAAUAUUAAUGAUUUAAAAGUUUAAAUUUUUAAUUUUUAUAUGUGAAAAUAUUUCCUUUUGGCUACGAGGGAAGCUCAAGUGGUGUCUUCUUAUGUGCUGUUAAAUAUAUAUUAUAUACUUUGGAAGAAGGCAAAGAGGGGAGCCGCAUUAUUUUUAAAUGAUCCCAACUGUAUAGUCUGUCUGUUGUACAUAGAGUUUACCUUGCUUUUUGGCCGCUGUAGGGGAAAAAACCCAUCCACCUGAGAUGGGAACCUGUCAUUUAUUAUCACUUCAGAAGUGAUAACACUGGUAUUUAUUCUUUCUGUCUCCAAGUUCUGGCACUUGAAGACUUCUGCAAAACUGGCAAAUAAGAUGAUAGUUACAGAAAUUUUAGUUCAUUUAUUUCUAAACUCCUUUCAGAUUAUUUUACCAUGAGAAGGUGGUAGGUUAUUUUGUCUUCCUGUCUGAUUUUUAUUUUGAAGUAUUUAGUGUUGUAUUCCUCUGCAGGCUUAAAAAUAGUGUCUUACUUCAAUUCAGUAGAGCUUAGGAGUUAAAGAGAAUAAAGCCUGUGUUGCUUGUGUGAUGUCACAGCCCCUCACCUGUCUGGAAUGUUCAGCACCCAGUGCAGCUCAGGGUUCUAGAGCUCUUUGCUCUGCCUGAGCUAAUGGUCACAUGAUUAGUUGAUUGCAGUGCGGUGCGGUGGAGGGCAGAACGAACGCUUUGUUUAAUAAAGAAGGGCGGGGAGACUUGAGAGUUGCAACAAGAACUGUGUUGUCCAUAUUUUGUUGGUUAACCUGCUUUUUCCCUCCCUGUAGAAAGAUGAGAGCAUGUAACCAUGAUAUGUUUCAGCUUCCUAGUGGGAUUCUAGGAAAGAGCUGGUUCUGGUUUCCCUGCCAGUUGAGACCUAAGGUUUCUGAGGUUUCUCAGCUCUUUGCCCAUGAAGCACACAGCUGGGAACCAGGUUCUUGAGGAGGGGCCAGGGUCUGGGCGGUUGGUCAAGUGAGAAGUGCAGGGGCUGUAGAGUCAGAGACGCCGACCCCUGGCUCUGCUCCGUGGGCCUGGGCCUCAGUUUCCCCUUCUAGCAAAUGAAUGGGCUGGUACCUGAGCCGCUGGCUUCGUUGGUGCGUCUUAAUGGUGUUGUGCUGUCUCAGAGCGGUGGCUGCAGCGGGCUGGCCAGCACCAGCGUCUGCGGCCGGUGCGGGGAGUGUCAAGGAGACAACUGAGGGUGUGCGUGAGGUUGUGGACGGGACUACCCCCACCCCACUCCAGUCUCUGGGCCACUAGUGAGACAAAGAGGUCCCCGUGGUCAGGGUCCCCACUGACAUGCUCUCUGCAGUGUUCAGAAAACUCCCCUUCUCAGACUUGCCCUUGUGUUUCCCAGUCAUGACCCUUUCCCACCAGUAGUUCAGGCCCACUUGUCCCAUGGCCUUUCAGCCCUCACCAGUCUUUUGCUAGGGAUCAAGGAAGGCUUUCAGGAAGGGCGGUGGUAUGUAGUUAAAACUGUUGUGACCAAGAAAAAUGCCUACUUCAGCAGCCUUGCAGUUCUCACAAACACGCACAGCCCAGAAAAUUACCUUUAAAGACGUUAAGUUUUAUUUCCCAAAGUUAUUGGCCUUAGCCUCUCACUCUCCAGCCCACUCAAGCACUCAGAUCUUGCAGCGUCUUACGAGUGUUCUGGAAGCCCAGGCCCUUUCUUGGGAGCUGGGGAGCAAAGAUGGACGGUCGGUUUAGUCUUUACACAUAUGAGAUUUUAGAUACGUUUUGCUGCUUGAUAAUAAUUACAGAUACCUCAUUUCUGUUUUCCACUCUCCACCUUGGGAGAGGUGCCAACUACCCAGGAGAGCUUGUGGAGCCCAGCACACAAUGGAACCUCUCCUCCCCUGGCCUCCUCUAGCCUGACCCCAUGAGUCCCUCGCCUUAGGUCAGAAACUGUCUUCUCCCACUCCAUCCCUGCAGCAGCCUCUUUACUGGUUCCUCUGCCCUGUCUCUCCUUCUCCAUUCUGCACACUGCAGCUGGGAUGAACUUUCGGUGUUGUUAGCAGCUUCAUUGAGAUAUGAUUUACAUAGCAUACGGUUCACCCAUUUAAAGUGUACAUUUCAGUGGCUUUUAGUAUAUUCACAGAGUUGUGCAUCCAUUGCCAUAAUCAAUGUGAGAAUAUUUUCAUCAUCAAAAAGAAACCCUGUACCCAUUCGCAGUACCCCAUCCCCUGUUCCCCACUGGCAACCACUAACUACUUUUUGUGUCUAUGGAUUUAUCUGUUCUGAACAUUUCAUAUAAAUGGAAAUCAUACACUUUG